AUGUCUGAGAAUGUUGGUUCAGGGACAGGGUCUUCGCUUCCUAGUAUUCCUAGACCUACACUUGCUGUUUCUAGGAGAAAAAAUGCAACUGGAAAUAGAAGUGACAUAAGAUGGAAACAUGGGAUUGAUGUUCAAGGCAAUGGUAAAAAAGUGAAGUGUAAUUAUUGCUCAAAAACUAUAAGCGGAGGGAUUUACAGAUUCAAGCAUCAUCUUGCCGGUACUAAAGAGGAUUCAGAGCCUUGUGCUUCAGUACCUGAAGAAGUGAAGGCUGUGAUGUUGAAAGUUUGUGUGGAGGCUAAAGAAGCAUCAUUGAAGAAGAGAAGAUUUGGUGAUGAUGAGGAUUAUCCUGAACAAACAGAAAAGGAAAAGGACAAUUCUCAACAAAAGGGGAAAGAUAUUCGCAACUUUGUCACAAAAGGAAAAGGGGCUCAAGUUCAAUCAACAAUAAAUCAAAUGAUGAAGAAGAAUCUAAAGGAACAAUGUGAUCAACAAUGUGCCAUAUUUUUCUAUACAAGUGCUAUUCCUUUCAAUGUUAUUAAGAAUCCCGAAUUUUUAAAGUUUUGUGAGAUGGUUGGUAGAUAUGGAAUUGGCUAUAAACCUCCUUCUUACCAUGAGUUAAGAGAAACCCAAUUAAAGAAAGCAGUAAACAAUGUUGAUGAAAUGCUUACUGAAUUUAAAGCAGAGUGGAAGAGAACUGGUUGUUCAAUCAUGUCGGAUGGAUGGACUGAUAAAAAAAGGCGUAGUAUUUGUAAUUUUUUGGUGAACAGCCCUAAAGGAACAGUUUUUCUUUAUUCAUUAGACACUUCUGACAUCUCGAAAACAACGGAUAAAGUUGUCAAAAUGCUAGAAGAUGCCGUAGAAUUUGUUGGUGAAGAGAAUGUAGUCCAAAUUGUUACAGAUAAUGCUGCUAAUUAUAAGGCUGCUGGAGAAAGAAUGAUGGAGACUAGAAAAAGUUUGUAUUGGACACCAUGUGCUGCACACUGCAUAGAUUUGAUAUUGGAGGAUUUUGAAAAGAAGCUAAAGGUAAACUCGUACGAGUCUACGAGUCGAGUCUACGAGUCGAGUCUAGGUCAACUCCACGAGUUUACCUAG